GAACGGAGCAGACGACGAGAAAUCGAAAGAGCGAACCGGUCACCGGAUCUUCCUUUGGCGGCGGCGGGGAUGGACGGUGAACGAGCCGAGGAAGCGGAGAAAUCAAAAGAGGAGAAACCGAUAUUCGAUGCGUCGGAGAUAGAGUAUGUGAGUUACGCAGGCGAGCAUCACUUACCGCUAAUCAUGAGCCUGGUUGAUCAGGAACUCAGCGAACCCUACUCCAUCUUCACUUAUCGCUAUUUCGUGUACCUAUGGCCCCAGCUUUGUUUCCUGGCGUUCCAUAGAGGUAGAUGCGUGGGGACGGUGGUAUGCAAAAUGGGGGAGCAUCGAAACACUACGUUCAGAGGCUACAUUGCUAUGCUGGUUGUCAUCAAUCCUUAUCGUGGGAAAGGCAUUGGUAAUCAUACUUACACUCUCUAGCUCGACUGUACAACUACAAAAACUUAGAAAGAUUGGACCUUUUUGGCAUGUAUGUGGAUGGAUGUGCUUGAUGGAGGAGAUUGGUAUUGUAUGGGACAAAUUUUGAUGCGAAAAGGGGUUUUUUAGCUUGAGGGAAGCUGGCUGCUGAAAUGGGCAUUUGGAUGGCAGGGAGCUGUUGGCUAACUUCUUUCCACCACUCUGUUUUUUCUGCCUGGGUUUGGCUGACUCCUUUCUCAAGUGCAUGAUUGAGCUUUAAGUAACUGAUGUCCAAAGUUGCAGCUGUGUUUCAAGCUUGAAACCAAGACUUUGAUCCGUUGUUUAAUACAGUCUGUAUCUUUUUAUUGCCCCUUUAGUCUGCAUUGUCUCUGCUGUGUUUCUCCUGGAGAUGUUUAGUUCUUGUGAACUCUAAUCUUCUAGUUUAUUUAAUACUAUAUCACCAUUAUC